AAGUCAGGAAGUGAGGAAGUGGUAACACUGGUAACUGGACAGUACAGCUGCUAGUAUCUGCUGUCCAUAACCCUCGGUUUUGUGUGGAACAGUCUUUACUAUCGUGUCCAGAAUGUCUAAAAAUACAGUUUCCGACCGCUUUAGAAAAGUAGACGUUGACGAAUACGACGAGAACAAGUUUGUGGACGAGGAAGACGGAGGAGAGAACCAGAGUGGUCCGGACGAAGCAGAGGUGGACGGUUUGCUCAGGCAGGGGAACAUGAGUGGAGCUCUCCAUGCCGUGCUGAAGAAUCCUCCAAUCAACACCAAGAAUCAGAAUGCCAAGGAGCGAGCGGAGCAGCUGGUGGUCAAAGUGCUGAGCAGUUUUAAGAGCAGUGACAUAGAGAAGGCCGUGGGCUCGCUGGACAAAGCUGGAGUGGACCUGCUGAUGAAAUACAUCUACAGAGGCUUUGAGAAGCCCUCUGACAACAGCAGCGCUGUGCUGCUGCAGUGGCAUGAAAAGGCUCUGGCAGUGGGAGGAGUGGGCUCUAUAGUUAGAGUCCUGACUGCCAGGAAGACCGUCUGAUCGUCCCAGAACCCAGAACCCACAGAGUCCAUCUGUUAAGACGAUACAGUCAAUAAUCUGGCCAAACACGAGACCACCGGAGCUGAGUACAGGGACAAGCCUCUUCUUUUUCUGUUUUUGGACAUGACUACCGUUUAUUUUUCUACUGAAGCUGAGCAUCUCUCUGAUGCACUUCUUUCCUCUCUUUCUUUCGGUAUUCACCACUUUCAGUCACCCCUCUGGGAUUCAGAAGUGCUGGCAGUCAGGCAGGUAGGUGCUGGCACCUCAAAAUGACUGUGCCUGCCAGCCAUGCAGAGAGAACAGACCCAUUUCAGACGCCUCACUUGGACACAUUCUCUCCCAAACAGCUCUCCACGCUGCUUUCAAACUGCUUCACAGCUGCUCUGAUGCCUCUGCUGGCUCACUGCAACGCCUCUCUCUCUGCUCCACUUCUCUCCUCCUCCUCCGUCUUCUCCGAAGCCUCUGAGUCAUCCAGGUUGAGGAAAUGGAAAAGAUUGCUGGUGGAUGGACUGUCAUAGACUGAUGACCUGUCCAGGCUGUUUCCCUGCCUUUUGCCCAGUGCAUGCUGGGAUUGGAGUUCUUUUUCCCCUUAUCAUUCUAACUUUGUGAACAUCUUUUGUUCAUUUUCUAUUUUUUUUCUACUUACACAUUGCUGUGUGCAACUUGGCUUUCAGGUUAUGCUGCUUAUAUUGUUUUUUUAUAUAUCUGAGAUGAACAACAAAAAUAAAGUGCUGAACCUGAACACCGA